AUGGCGGCCUGCGGUGUCCCAGCAGUAAACACGUCUCCGGUGUGUGCUCCGGUCUGUCCCCCGGUGUGUGCUCCGGUCUGUGCUCCGGUGUGUGCUCCGGUCUGUCCACCGGUCUGUCCCCCGGUGUGUGCUCCGGUGUGUGCGUGUAAAGGCGCACGGUGCUGUCUGCUGUGUGAGAGAGGAGCCAGAGCCGAGACCGAGGAGGCGAAGGUUGUGCGUCACUUUGUCUAUGACACAGAGAAGGGCCGGGCCACAUCCAGAGAUGGAGAGGACGAGGGCUUCGAUCUGCAUGGAGUGUUCCUGUGGGAGGACUUCAUAUCAGCAGAGGAGGAGGCUGAGCUGGUGGCACACAUGGACCAGAGCCCGUGGACCCUGUCUCAGUCCGGACGCUGUAAGCAGCUUCUGGACAUCUGA